AUGGCUUGUCCAUACAGCGGCUCGCAAGUCACAUUCUUCGAUGGCGGCGAAGAAGGGCAGAAGGGUGUGAACAAGGUGGAAAUGGGAUUCGGACAAACGUAUGGAGAAUACCUUCAGCUCGACAAGAUCCUUACUGCCCAAAAGCUCAAAUCCGAGGAUGACGGAUAUCGAGUUGACGAUGAGCAUUUGUUCAUUGUUAUUCAUCAGGCUCACGAACUCUGGUUCAAACAAAUCAUUUUCGAUCUUGACAAUGUGCGAAAACUAUUAAACAAUGAUGUUGUCGAUGAAACGAAAUCGCUGAAAAUCGUUUCGGGUCUCGAUCGGAUCAUCAAAAUUAUGAAUUUGCUCACUGAGCAGAUCACACUUCUCGACACAAUGAGCCCAUUGGAUUUUGUGGAUUUCCGUAAAUAUUUGACGCCGGCUUCUGGAUUCCAGUCGCUUCAAUUCCGAAUUCUCGAAAACAAAUUGGGAGUGAAACCGGAUCGAAGAAUUCGCUACAACGCUCAGCAUUAUAAGAAUGUGUUUACCGAAAAUGAACUGAAGGAGCUCAAUGAGUCGGAAGAUUGCCCAAGUCUUCUUACUUUGAUCGAGAGCUGGCUGGAACGAACGCCCGGAUUGAAAUCGAAUGGAGAAGAUGAAGGAUUCUGGACGAAGUAUGAGAAGUCAGUGAAGAGAUACUUGGAUGAUAUGUACAAGCAAGCAGUCAGCGAGGAGAAUUCCGAGGAAAUCAAGACACAAUUAUUGGCCGAAUAUCACAAAACCAAAGAUUCUUUCACUUCGGUUCUCGAUCCGAGACAGCACGAGCAGCAGAUUCGAAAUGGCAACCGAUUAUUGUCUCAUGAUGCGCUGAAAGGAGCAAUGAUGAUCUAUUUCUACAGAGAUAUGCCACGAUUUUCGCAGCCUUAUCAAAUUUUGACAUUUUUAAUGGAUAUCGAUAGUUUAUUCACGAAAUGGAGAUAUAAUCACGUUCUGUUGGUUCAGCGCAUGCUCGGAGCAAAGCAAGGAACUGGCGGAAGUUCGGGAUAUAUGUAUUUGAGGUCGACUGUUAGUGAUAGGUACAAGGUGUUCCUAGAUCUGUUCAAUUUGUCCACAUGGCUCAUUCCUCGUGAAUAUAUUCCUUCUUUGUCGGCGCGAAUGGUCAAGACACUAUCAGAACAUUCAAGUUCGCUGAGUUUGCGACAUCUAGUCGAAUGA